AUGGAUGACAGAGGGGUUAACAAAGAGCCAAAUCAGAAAUUAAGCUUUUCCUUUUGUGAAGAAGAGAUUGAGAAUGAAGGGCAGAAGGAAACAAAAGCCAGUGGGGAGACCCAGAGCCAAACCCCAGAGAAGGGUGAGACUCAGUAUGUAGCAACUCCCAGGACUCCCCUCCGGGAUGUCUAUGAAUUCCAUACCUCUCAGGACAAAGACAAGGAACGUUCAGAUGCAAUUCUGCGGACGCCAAAGUCAGAACCUCCCAAAUGUCCUGCAACACCAGCACAACCAGACAGAAAGAAGCUACCACUCCAUGACAACCCUUCCACUCCCAAAAACCUGGUGAUCCAAUCAGAUAUUUCUUCAACGGGAAAACUCAUCUCCCGAAGCUCUAAACAUUUGCGACUCACAUCUGCUCCACUCAUGGAUGAAAUGACCUCAUUGUCUCUGGUCAAUAUUAAUCCAUUCACCCCAGAAUCCUACAGAAAAUUGUACCUUCAAUCAAAGGGCAAGAGGAAAGCCCGAGGUGAUCUUGAGGAAACUGGUGCAGAGGGAGGUAAAUUAGAAGAAGGGUUGCCUGCCAAGAAAAGUGUUCUACGAGAAAUUAACAUGGCUUCCCGAUAUGAAAAAGAAUUCUUGGAGGUAGAAAAAAUUGGGGUUGGGGAAUUUGGUACAGUCUACAAGUGCAUUAAGAGGCUGGAUGGAUGUGUUUAUGCAAUAAAGCGCUCUACCUUUUCAGGAUUAUCAAAUGAGAAUUUAGCUUUACAUGAAGUGUAUGCUCAUGCAGUGCUGGGGCAUCACCCCCAUGUGGUACGUUAUUAUUCCUCAUGGACAGAAGAUGACCAUGUGAUUAUUCAGAAUGAAUACUGCAACGGUGGGAGCUUGCAAGCUUCUAUAUCAGAAAAUGCUAAGUCUGGCAAUCAUUUCCAAGAACCUAAACUCAAAGACAUCCUUCUUCAGAUUUCCCUAGGGCUUAAAUACAUCCACAAUGCUGGCAUGGUACACCUGGACAUCAAACCUAGUAACAUCUUCAUUUGUCAUAAGAUGCAAAGUGACUCUCCUGAAGGCCCAGAAGAGGUUGAAAAUGAAGCUGAUUGGUUUCUGUCUGCCAGUGUGAUAUAUAAAAUUGGUGACCUGGGCCAUGUGACAUCAAUAAGCAAACCCAAAGUAGAAGAAGGAGAUAGUUGCUUCCUGGCUAAUGAGAUUUUACAAGAGGACUAUCGACACCUUCCCAAAGCAGACAUAUUUGCCUUGGGAUUAACAAUUGCAGUGGCUGCAGGAGCAGAGUCGUUACCUGCCAAUGGUGAUAAGUGGCACAAUAUCCGCAAGGGUAACUUUCCGGAUAUUCCCCAGGAACUCUCAGAAGACUUUUACAAUUUGCUCAAGAACAUGAUCCACCCUGAUCCAGAAGACAGACCUUCUGCAACAGCUCUGGCCAGAAGUCAAGUUCUUCGGCCCUUCCUGGGGAAAACAGAGGAGCUCCAGCAGCAGCUGAACAUGGAAAAGUUUAAGAUAGCCACACUGGAAAGGGAACUGAGAGAAGUCCAGCAGGCCCGAGGCCCCCAGGUAGACAUCCACCAUGGUGACCCUGGGGUCUCUGGGACCCACACAGAAUCAACAAACACAAAACGUCUGGUGGGGAAUAAGAGUAGGAAGUCUUCAAGUUUUACCUGUGGGGAAUCUUCCCCAUAA